AAGGUUGUAACACAAAACAUCUUUCCUUUCUUCCUUUAGAGAUGAGUGAUCAGGAAGUGACUUACUCCACGCUGAGAUUUCUUCGGUCUCCAUCAGGCGCACAGAAUUGAUUCAGGCCUGAUGGCCCUGAAAGGCCGGAGGAAACUGUGGGCAAAGAGUGUUCCGUGCCCUGGCGUCUCAUUGCAGUGACUCUGGGGACCCUCUGUUUGCUUCUGUUGAUGACAGCUGCGGUGUUGGGGACGAAGAUUUUUCAGUAUAUUCAAGAAAAAAAUCACCAGGAGGAAAUUCUGCGAAACCUCAGUCUAAAUUACUACAUUAUGCAAAACAGCAGCUACUUAAAGGAGCAACGAAAGAAACAGGAUUCAAUGUCUGUAGAAAAGAACAGAUGCCAUAGAAAAACUGGGGUCUCUUCAAAAUCUGUGCAAAACAGAGGCAAACCAUCUGAAGACAAGUGGUCCUGCUGCGGAGUAAGCUGUUAUUAUUUUACCACUGAAAAUGAAACCUGGAACGAAUGUGAGAAGAUUUGCCAAAAUAAUACAUCAUCCCUUUUGAAGAUAGAUGACAACGAUGAAUUGGUUUUCAUUCGAUCCCAGGUUUAUACCAAUACAUACUGGAUUGGAUUAUAUGCUACAAAAGAGAAUCAAUGGCAAUGGGUUACUGAUGACAAACCAGCUACACUUAAUUACUCAAUAAUAAACUUGCCUUUGAAGACAGGACGAUGUGCAUUCUUAACCUCAACAAGAAUAACCAAUAUCAAUUGCCUUAACACCUACAACUGUAUCUGUGAGAAGACAAUUACUUAUUAUUUCCUAUGAUCUUCAUAGAUGAAAACCAAUGUGAAAAUUUUGUCAGUUUUUUGCUUGGUUACUGUAAAAAAUUGUGAUUAGAUUAUUUGCAAGUAAAUGUUUUUGACAUCUAGGCUAACCUAUUCUAUUGUGGAAGGAAAGAAAGACAGUCCGAAACAGUCAAAUACCCAUUGAUGAAUGAAUAAACAAUUUGUGAUAUGUCCACACAAUAGAAUACUACUCAGUUAAAACAAAAAAUGAACAAAAACAACAAAAUAAACCAAAACUAUGGAUGAUUCCAAAAUGAUGCUGAAAAAAGAAUCCAGGUACAAAAGAGUCUAUGACAUAUUAAAUUUUGUAUUAAAUUCUUGAAUAAGCAAAAAUAAUUAAUCAUGACAGAGGAGAUCACGGAUUGCCUAGAACCUCAAACUCUUUACCUAGUACCUUAGUGUGUUAGCCGGUUUGUACCUCUCAGGGGUUCUUUGUGGGAUCCUUAGAUGCCUGUGUUUUUUGAAUCUGUUACCUAGACCUCUCAGACAGCUUCUGGGAAAGCCACAAUCUCUGAGGACUACAUCUGUCACAGCCCCAGGUGAACAUGAUGGUGACCAUGCCAAUGACCGGCCCUUGAAAAGGUUAUGGAAACCCAUCUUUUAAUCAAAGAUCUAUAGCAAGUGUCAUCAGUGUCCUCAGCCCAGGAAGCUGGACCAGCAUCCAAUCAGGAGAGGCAGGUGGUCUGAGUGGCUCAGGGAAGCGCAACACACUAUGUCUGGCAUACUUUGCCAGUGAUGAAGUUUGUUUAUCUUCUGCUUUACUGCCACUUCAAGACCCUGAUGUUGAUUAUGCAUCCAUGCCCUGCACCCAUAACUCCCUAGUGCAGAGUGUUAAUAAGAAAUCAUCUGUUUAAUAUUAGGAAUAAUACAAUGAAUUCUGUGAUUCUUAAUACACUAUAUAAACAUCAUAGUUGAAACAAUUAAAAGCCAAAGAGUGAAGGAAAAUAGAUAUACACAAAUUAAAAUCCAUUUUGAGUGCAUUGUAAUUGUAAUAUUUUCACAAGCUGCCUGACUCAUGAUAGUCAAGACGGAUAGUAUCAUGUCUUCCUCCAAAUUCUCCAAAAUUAUUCUGUGGCAUCAGUUCAUAAUGUGGUCCACCUGUGUGCACACAGGAGCCCUGUGGCAUCAUGGGUUAAACCUAGCUAGGGCUGCUACCUGCAAGAGCGCCAUGUCAAGUCUGCCAGCUGCUUCGUGGGAGAAAGAGGAAUCUGUCUCCCCCUGUAACUACUUAUCACUUCCAUAACUAAAUGGAGCAAUUUGACUCUGCUCUGCUGGCUUGUCAUGAGUCCGAAUCAACUUAACAGCUGUGGGUUCUACGUGCACAAAGCAUCUGCCCGUACAUACCGUAAAAUAUUCCUUAGGAAGCUGAAUGCCGCCAACAUCAUGACAGUAAAAACACUGCAUGAUUGCAUUAUCUAUAUGCUCACUUUUACAAUACAUAGACUAAGAUGUUUAAUGUCCAAAUGCAGAGAAUGCUGAUUUUUUCAGUUAAAAAAAUGAUAGUCAAUAUAUAUGUGAUAAAGUUUUCCAUUUUAACAUUCUUCACAUAUACAAUUAAAUGACGUUAAUAGUCUUCAUGACAACCAUCACUAUUAUUUGUUUCCAGAAUUUUCCAUCACCCUUAACAGUAGCUCAGUGUCCCCCUGAGCUUCUGCUUCUCCUCCCCCUCCCCCUGAUAAGCACUAGCUACUGUUGAGUUGCUUACACUUGACUCUGCUAGAUAUUUCAGAUCAGUGGAACCCUGUAUUUGUCUUUUUGUGGUUUAUUUACUUUACUCUGCGUGAUGUGUUCCAGAUCCAUUCAUAAGGAAUUCUGAUUUUUAUUCAUUAGAUAAAUAAUAUGAAAUCCCAUAUGUCAAGUAAAGAAAAGAUAAUGGCAAAAUGUUAGGGUAAAUUACUGUGCAUUUAUCAGAAUGGCUAAAAUGUAAAAUUCAACAACAUCAAAUGCUGGCAAGCAGCAGAGGAGCGGGUCACUCACAUAUGGCUAGUGGGCAGGUUGAACAAAAAGGUUCUGAAAUGGAUUGUGGUGAUGAUUGCACACAUCUUACUAUAAUGGAAUGAUGAACUUGUAUGCUAUGUGAAGUAUAUACCAAUCAAAUGUAGUAACUGAAAGUAGAAAGGUAAUGUACUGUGAACUGUAAUUUAUGCAACAGUAUUGCAAGCAUAAAACUCCAGCAAUGAAGACUAGAUGAGUAGUUUCCAGGGUCAGAAACACGCAUGAAAUAAUGGGGCAAGCCUGACCCUCCAAGGGCAGUGUGCGGGAUUCUUGUGAUCGCACCACUCUGUACCUUGAUUACAUUUAUGUCAUUUCCUGAUUGUGAUAUUUACCAUAGUUUUGUAAGCUAUACACAUUGGGAGGCACUAGGUAUAGGAUGCACAGUAUCUCUCUGUAUUAUGUACUGUAUGUGAAUCUAAAAUUAAUUCAAAAUAAAAAUUGGUAAGAUUCUAA